CAAAGGCUUGAAAGGUUGUCCGCUCUUUCUACGGUGUCCGGGUGAGCCUGUCUAGCAAGCGAAGAAGCUGCAGGGAAGUCUUGGACAUGGAGAUCCAGACAUGGGUCGGGGUUCAGUAACUGGAUACGUACGCUCAAAAUAUUUUCUGCUUCUUCUGGAAUCUUAAGUAUCUUGUCCGGGAAGAGAGCUGAAUGGCCUUGGAAAAUUUGGCCAGACCUCUUGUGAACAGAAAAUCCUGUGGAGAUCCUUGGGUCCAUUUUGGAGCUGGAUUAGAGACCAGAGAGAAGAUGGAGGGACAACACCCAGCAGAAGCAGAAAUUAGAAAAGGCCCUCCAGCUGCUCAGCCUUGGGGCUGUGGGAAGAAUGGGGCAAGUCCUGAGCAGAAGAGCCACGAAGAGGCAUCCAAUAAUUCAGAGGUUCAGUGCUGUCACUUCAGAAAUGUAUGGUUUCAGGAGUGGAGCCGUCCCCGAGAUGUUUGCACUCAGCUUCACUACCUUUGUCGUCAGUGGCUACAACCAGAAAAACACACAAAGGCUCAGAUGUUGGACCUGGUGCUCCUGGAACAGUUGCUGGCUGUCCUUCCCCCAGAGAUGGCAAAAUGGGUGCGGGAGUGUGGAGCAGAGACCAGUUCCCAGGCAGUGGCCCUGGCUGAAGGCUUCUUGCUGACUCAGGAGGAGGAAAAUAUGCAAGAAGAGUUGCAGAAAUCCGUGGAAGCUGUGACUGAGUAUCCUAAGGAGAGAAAAGAUUUGUUCAGAUCUCCUGGACAGCUUCUCUUCAGGGAGAACUUCCAGAACGAUCAGAGUCAAGACAUUACACAAGGUAAGUAAAGCUCUUUCUGUGUAU